CAACAACUCGCCUCCUAACGCAGCAACAACUCGCCUCCUAACGCAGCAACAACUCGCCUCCUAACACAGAAGAAGAAGAAGAAGACGGCUUCAGAGGCUCCAUCGAACAUCUUUCUCCUCCAAAAGAGAUGGCCGGUCUGUGUUGGAUGGUGGUGGCGGUGGCCUUCAGCCUGUCUAUUGGAAACAGUAUGGCUGUGGGUCUGGAUCGGCUGACACAAAUUAUGAAAGAAAUCAAGAACAGGUACUUCAUACCCAACAUGCAGUUCAGUUUGGCUGCAAACAUCCCAGUGGACCAGAACCAGCUUAAGAAUGCCUUCAAUGCAGACGAUCCUGACGUUGUGGAAGAUACGGUUAAAAGUGGUGAAGUGUACGAAGGUACCAAUGUGGUUGAAGCAACAUUUAAAAGAGUUGAACUGCCUGGCAGAGUGUAUACUGAUCAUGCAGAGUACCGUGUACUGGAGAAAAUACAUGAUUUAGCUACCAGGAGUGAGGGUAAUAUUCUGAUCUUCUAUUCCUACCUUUCUCCAUGUGGUGCUAAGUGUGCAAGCAAGACCCAUCCCUACAGUAUCUUAAAGAAACUUAAAGACACCAUUGACGGUGCCAAAUGGAACGACAGAGCUUUUGUGUUUUCCAAAGUAUUUGAUGGUAAGACCAUUGACGAGAAAGAUAUUAAAGGGAGCCUUGAAAAUCUUGGAGAAUCUGUUGGUCAAAACAACACAUUCCGUUGCUACACGUCAAACAAAAGAUGCAUCAAGUGCUUCAUCGAUGGAAAACUUGCAGCUGAGUGUUUUAAAAACUAGGCAUUUAAAUGUGUCUAAGCCUCAACAAGGGGCGUAGGGGAGUAGAAGUGAUUGAGGUCCAACUGAUGGAGACCCGAACACAAACACAACUGGAUAAAUUGUGUUUUUAAAAAGAUUAUAUAUGCUUAACAACACGCUUUCUCCUUUUAACUAAGCUUAUUGCACCGACAUAAACUCUGUAUUUACAGUACUAAUGUCAUUGUACUCUGUAUCUCUGUAAAGCAUUGUUAUGUUUGUUUUUUUUCCCCACAUUAAAGCUUGGCUCAGCAUCGA